AUGUAUGGAAGUAUAGAGGUGAAUCUUCACAAGCAGAAGCACUCCACUCUGGGUUUGACAAUCUCAGGGGGAGCUGAUCGGGGAUACCCUCCAAGGAUCACUGGAAUCAAGCCAGGAUCAAUUGCCGAUAAGAGUGAUUGCUUAAUGGUAAAUGAUAUCAUAAAAUCAAUAAAUGGUUCCUCAACCACAAACCUGACAUACGAGCAAAUUGUCAAGCUAACGAAAUGUUCCGACACCUCCAUACGCCUAGGAUUAGAAUAUGUACUUACGGAUUCUGAGGGUUUAGAGGGUUCGCCUCCUGUUACUGUCGGGAGUCUUCAACGUCCUCUUUGUUGCCUCUUCGUCUUAGAAAUUAAGGAGUUGGUAGUCGGUCAAAUCGACGGUCACCAAGCGCGCAUUCAUUCACCUAGAACCUGUGAACGAAUCCUUUGGCAUAACUGUUCGUGGAGGGCUCUCCAGUCGGGGAAGUGGAGCGUUCCCUUUGACGAUUUGUCGAAUAAGACCCAGAAGUUGUGCCGAAAAGGUGAUCGAAUCCUUGCGAUUGAUGGCGUUCAAACACGAGGUCUUACUUGUGAAGAAUCCAUGAAACUCCUUGUCUGUCAUAGAAGUGGAAUAUCCUUAUUUAUUGAAUAUGACGUGGCCGAUAUCGGAGCUGAAGGUCGACAAGGAUCUGGGCCAUUCGAGAUUGAAAUCGAUAAAUUGCCAACUGAACGAUUGGGGGCGCAUUUAGCUGCAUUUGGCGAGAAUUUGCAAGGAAAAACCCGCCUCCUGAUUAGUCAUAUUCUAGAUGGCAGUAUCGCGGACAGAUGCGGAGCCUUACAAGUCGGAGAUCUUAUUGAAACGAUAAAUGGAAGAAACGCGGCGGUGUUGAGUCUUCAGGAAGCAAAUGAACUGCUUUGUGAUACCAGUGCCCGAUCAGUCAAAUUACGGAUUUUACCUUGUCCGGAAAUAUUUUAUCAAAGCCUUUUAUGCUAUGCCUAUUUCGACUCGUAA